CCACUAACAAUGAAGAUACUAUAUCAGAAGAUGAACUAGCUAAAGUUGUAGCUCAUAAAACUAAAAAGUGUAGAAAAAGAAUUAGAGUACAAGCAACUACUACUUCAUAUAAAAAGAGUAAAAGUGUAGUUGCUACACAAACACCUACAUCUAUCAUCAAUUUCUCUUAUAAAUCACAUUUUCUCGCAACACUACAAGAUAAAUCUCCUCAUUCUGAUAUAAGCCAAACUGAUCUAAAAAAAAGUACCUCAUUCAUAUCACAUCUACAACGAAUUAUACGUUCUCACAAUGAUAGCCAACAAUUAUAA